UAUUAUUAAACUUAUAUGUAAAAUUUUUGUAAAUAUUUUUAAAAUUAAGUUCUAUAUUCUUUGCAGUCAAUAUUUUUUUUCUAUGGCCAAUAAUUUAAUUUUGUAACUGAUAAUUAUCUUAAACUAUAAUUUCUAGUAUAAUUAUGGUUGACAGUGCUCUAACUGAAAAAGUACUAUUAGCUACUGGUGGAUAUGACCAUACAAUAAAAUUAUGGCAUGCUAAUACUGGAGUUUGCAAUAGAAGUUUAACUCAUUUAGAUUCUCAAGUAAAUGCAUUGGAAAUAACUCCUGAUAGACAACUUCUAGCAGCUGCUGGUUUUCAACAUAUACGAAUGUAUGAUUUAAACUCAAGUAAUCCAAAUCCAAUUUUGAAUUAUGAAGGUAUAUCUAAAAAUAUAACAGGAGUUGGCUUCCAUGAAGAUGGUAAAUGGAUGUUUACAUGUGGGGAAGAUUGCAGUGCUCGUGUAUGGGAUUUAAGGUCUAGAAAUUUACAAUGUCAAAGAAUAUUUCAAACAAAUGCUCCUAUUACAAGUAUAUGUCUACAUCCAAAUCAAGGUGAACUUAUUUUAAGUGAUCAAUCUGGUUUAUUACAUAUAUGGGACUUAAAGACUGAUCAUAAUGAACAACUUAUACCUGAGGUUGAUGCUUCUAUACAGUGUGUAGCUGUAGACUCUAAUGCAAAUUAUGUAGCAUCUGUUAAUAACAAAGGAAAUUGUUAUCUUUGGAAAUUUAAUGGAGAUGGAUCUAGAUUAAGUCCUGAGCAUAAAAUGACAGCUCAUAGAAAGUAUGCUCUCCAUUGUAAAUUUAGCCCAAAUUCAACUUUAUUAGUAACUACAUCAGCAGAUCAAACAGCUUGUGUAUGGAAAACAAGCGACUUUUCAUUGAAACAAGAGUUAAAAGAUGACCAUCAACGAUGGGUUUGGGAUACUGCGUUCAGUAAUGAUUCUGAACACUUGUUAACAGCUUCAUCAGAUGGUGUAGCAAGAUUAUGGAAUAUAGAAACUGGCAAUAUAGAACGUGAAUAUGAAGGUCAUCAAAAAGCACUAACUGCAUUAGCAUUCUGUGAUCCCUACAGUUGAUAUAAUGAAAAAUAAAUUUAAACUUUUUUAAAUAA